AUGGCUGGAUCAUCUGAAACCACCUCAUCUGCUGAUCAAUCAACAUCCUUCAUUAUGCUGAACUUGAAGCCUUGUCAAAAUCACAUUCUUGAUCUUGACUCAUCUCGAUACAAUGAACCUUUGAGGCCGAUGGUUGAAUGUCUGAGGUAUUCUCCACUUGCACAGGCUUUGAUAAUGGUAGAAUCGAUUCCUCUGGUUCAUCUUUCCAAGGCUUACUCAUCUGCAACAUACAUUAAGGUUGAUGGAGUCAUAACCUUCAAGGUUGCUACUAACAUGACCUCUAUCAAUAAAGCCUAUUUAUGUAGAAUGUUAGGGAUUGAGUUAUCUGAAGUCCUUGUGGAUCCAGAUUCGGAUUCAUCCAUUGAUCUCAUCAACAUGUUUUACCAUAUGGGUUAUAUUGGUGAUAUCUCGUUGUUGUCCAAUUUCAGGAAACCUAAUCUUCCUCCAAUGUGA